AUGGAGGGACAUCAAGAACAAUUCCCUGAAGGCUUAACGAUUCUCGAAAAAGAGACAAGUAGUAUAAUGGGAGAGGAGUUACAGUAUCCAAAAUCAUACCCUGAUGUUAUUUUUUUGGUCGACAUUGACAAGAAUGACCCUCAACGACCCAUGAACUGGUCUACUGUGAAGAAAAUCGUCCACACAGCUUUGUACGGACUGACAACGUUUGCUGCACAGUUCAACAGUACGACAAUGUCCCCUACUGCUGAACAUCUGGCAAACGUAUACCACAUCGGUGAAGAAGUGGCGACACUAGCUACGUCGCUCUAUGUCUUGGGAAUUGCUUUUGGCCCUAUGAUUUUUGCACCUUUCUCAGAAAUGAAUGGCAGAAAAAUGGGUGUCUUUUUGCCUUUUUUCAUCUCCAUAAUCCUCACGACAGGUACUGCUAGUGCUGAUAGUGUGGCCGCCAUUAUGUGCACUCGUUUCUUUUCCGGUUUGUUUUCUGGCGCUCCCAUUGUUUCUUCGGGUGGUGUACUGGCUGACCUUUGGAACCCAUCCCAAAGAGGCAGUGCUUUAGUUUUUUAUGCCUUCUUUGUUGUUAGUGGUGCUGACUUUGGUCCCAUCAUUAGUAGCUUGCUUUCAGAAGGUUCGGAUACGGCCUGGAGAUGGCCAUUAUGGUUUAUAGUGAUCGUACAGUCUGCGAUUUUACUUGUUAGUAUAAUCAUGAUUGAUGAAACUUACGUCCCCGUAAUUGAAGCUCGUCAAGCACGAAAUUUACGGUUAACCACAGGAAAUUGGGGUCUCCAUGCUGCUCAUGAACGAUACAAAUUAGACGCAAAGGAGUUUGUUACUUUUCACCUUUUGCGACCUUUUGCAAUGCUGGCAACUCCGGUCGCCUUUUUCAUCGCCUUGUUUGCUAGUUAUGUAUACGGCAUUCUGUAUUUAGUUUUAACUACCAUUCCGUAUACAUAUUACCAGUCAAGAAACUGGCAGGGAACCGUUGGUACACUUCCCUUGAUUGCAAUGUUUUUGGGCUUAGUAACAGGAGGUGUGUUGAAUAUUUUCUGGAAUAAAAGAUACGCGAAAUAUCUGACAAAAAACGGUGGAAAACCUCUUCCUGAAGAAAGAUUACCCUUGAUGAUGAUGACAGGCUGGCUUAUGCCGGCCGGAAUAUUUGUUUUUGCUUGGACUUCAUAUGCCAAUAUUCAUUGGAUAGUAUCAUUUAUUGGUAUAUUCUUGAUCGGUGUCGGAUUUGAAACGAUUUUCCAGGGUUGUCUUAAUUAUCUGGUUGAUACGUUUACAAAAUUUGCUGCAUCGGCUAUCGCUGCGAAUACAUUUACUAGAUCGAUUUUUGCAGCUACGUUUCCUUUAUUUUCGCGUAUUAUGUUUCAAAAGUUGGGGAUUCACUGGGGAGGGACUUUGGUAGGAUUUAUUGCUCUUGGAAUGAUCCCAAUUCCUUUCGUGUUUUAUCGGUUUGGUGAAAGUUUACGGCGUAAAAACCCAUAUGUGAAGCUUGUGUCUUGA